CGCAGUCCCAACAAUGAGUUAUAUAUAACUAGCCAUGGCUAACUAACUAUAACGGUUAACUAUCCGACAGCCUAAUUCGCCUCCACUCGCUAGCCGAAGCUUGACGCCGAGUUCCGACUGCCCAAUCCAGUACAGUAUAUAAACUAACCAACACCUAUACGUAGACUAGACGAGACCAGACCCCAGUUCCAACCACAUCCAAGGCAAACAGCAACAAUGGCCGAAGCUAAACCCUUCCACGUCGCCAUCAUCGGCGGCGGCAUCGCCGGCAUAACCCUCGCCAUAGCCCUGCACCACCGCAACAUCCCACUCACAAUCUACGAACAAGCGCCAGCCUUCGGCGAAGUGGGCGCAGGAGUCUCCUUCUCGCCCAACGCCGUGCAAGCCAUGAAAGUAUGCCACGACGGCAUCCACCAGGCCUUUGAAAAAGUAUGCACGCGCAAUCAGUGGCCCAGCAAACAGGACGUGUGGUUUGAUUACCUAGACGGACUCAAUUCCGCGGAGCACGAGCCAGGGAAAGGGCAGGAGAUCAAGUUUACGAUUCGGAAUGGAUUGGGGCAGAAUGGGGUUCAUCGGGCGCAUUUUCUGGAUGAGAUGGUUAGGUUGAUUCCCGAGGGGAUUGCGAGGUUUAAUAAGCAUCUCAACGCUGUGACGGAAAGUGACAAUGGGAAAAUGGCGAUGCGGUUUAGUGAUGGGAGCGUUGAGGAGGCGGAUGUAGUUAUUGGGUGCGAUGGGAUCAAGUCCAAGGUGCGCGGGUUGAUUGUUGGUGAGGAGCAUCCGAGUGCGGCGCCGUCGUUUACGCACAAGUAUGCGUAUCGGGGGUUGGUGCCGAUGGAGAAGGCGACUGAGGCGAUUGGGGAGGAGUUGGCGUCGAAUUCGUGCAUGCACAUGGGCCCGAAUAACCACAUGUUGACGUUCCCCGUGAAUCAAGGAAAAACGCUGAACAUCGUGGCUUUCCAUACCACGCCAGACGAGUGGACGGAUUAUCCACGCCUGACUCGCUCGGGUACUCGGGAUGAAGCAUUGCGCGACUUUGCGGGUUACGGGCCGAACGUGACGAAUUUGCUGAAACUGACCGAUCCGGAGUUGGCAGUGUGGGCAAUCUAUGACCUAGGAGAAAACCCGGUGCCAACAUUCUACAAAAACCGCGUCGGAAUCGCCGGGGAUGCAGCUCAUGCAACGUCCCCUCACCACGGAGCAGGCGCCGGAUUCUGCAUCGAGGACAGUGCGGUGCUAGCGACCCUGCUGUCAGAUGAACGGGUCACAACGGCCAAGGAUUUAGAAGCUGUAUUGGCGACCUUUGACACCGUGCGUCGCGAGCGCAGUCAGUGGUUGGUGCAAAGCAGUCGGUUUAUUGGCGAUGCGUAUGAAUGGCGGGCUCCCGGAGUUGAGAGGGAUGUGGAGGGGAUUGAGAGGGAGAUUAACCGACGGAAUGGAAUUAUUGCCAAUGUAGAUAUGCAGGAAAUGUGUGGAGAGAGUGUGAGGGUGUUGGGGGAGAAGUUGAGGGAGUCGCAUUUGUAGUUUAUAAUUGUGCAUUAUUUUACAUUUUAGUGCAUCGAUUUUGUAUGAGGAAUGUAUGGGAGUCGAUGGGGAGUCGAUGCGAGUCUAUUAUCGGAAUUUUUAGUGGCCAGAGCUCCCCCGUAUUCCCACGGUUUCCCC